AUGGCAAGCCCCGAAGAGGCCGUUGAAGAUCGAAUGGAAGCCAUCACUUCGGUUUAUGCAGACGAUGCCAACACGUGGUUGCUGACUGGUCAUGCUGAUGGGUGGGUUCGAAUCUGGGACCUGACCAAGAUCAGGGAAAGGUUGGAUCCAAAGACCGGCCUUUUGCGGGUCAAGGAGAUUCAGCUGCAUCAGAUGGCAGUGACAUCGUUGCAGCACUUCGAGAUCCAUGGAAAGGUUGUCAUUGUCUCAGCAUCCUCUGACUGGACAGUCGCUUUGCACACCAUGGAUGGUACGCGCAUUGGCAACUUCAGCCAUCGUGGUCCUCAUUGGAGGCUUUCAGACUUUAGCACUUGGUGCGACCAGCCACCGCCAGAAGAAGGCAUCCGACCAGAUGAGGAUGACCGAUGGGGUGCACUCAGCCCUCGAAGGAAUGCUGGAGCUCCAGGCGCGCGCCGUGAUGGAGCAGCAACAAACAAUGGCAGUGUCCCAGGUAUUGGCAUUGGCUUGGGGAUGCGCACCCCAAGAGCCUCGAAGGUGCGAACGAGGCCAGUCAUUCCACCUCCUGUUCAUUCGGGGCAGGGUGACUUUGGAAAGCUAAGCGUUGUUGAGCGGUUCAAGCCAGAUAUCACCCUGGCCGAGCAGGAACGCCAACGCCUGCAGAAGUUUCACGUUUCAGAGCACACACAACGCUCUGGCAAAGUCUGGGGCAGGCGGUGA